UUAUGACCUCGCCGCUCUUAGGUUUAGUAGUCCUUAUACUACUGCAGCCACUGUUCCUGUUCGCUUGGCAGGAUUACAAGGACUACAAGGUGUAUGAGCUGAAGUUUCGAGGAGUGGAAGAUCUUAAUCUUAUAAGAAAGUUGUCUAAGGAAAGGCCGCUUUGGGAUUUUAUUGGACCAAAUCGGAAUGAAACUACACUUAAAGUGAUGGUACCACCUGAAGAAGCUAAUCAUUUGGUGGAAACUUUAAGUAUAUACCACUUGGAACAUAGACUUUUGAUCGAGGACCUGGCACCUUUAGUGCAGUCCCAACGAGCUGAGAACCUUAAGAAAAAGCUACUCAUCCCUGUGCCGCAGUUAGAUGUCCUGGCAGCUUUUUAUACCCACUCGGAAAUCAAUGAUUACCUGAGAUUUCCCAAACGAGUUCAGGUCAAGCACUUCGGAUGGAGUUACGAACGGCGACCGCUCAAAGUUUUAACUAUAACCAAUGGAGAUGGAAAGCGCAAUAAGCCCGUAAUCCUUAUUGAUGGCACUGUCCAUGCCCGGGAGUGGAUAUCGCCCUCGAUGGCCCUCUAUAUCAUCCAACAGCUUUUGGAUAACUAUGCGGCAAAUGAGGAGCUUUUAGAGGACUACGACUGGGUGAUUAUGCCAGUGGUCAAUGCAGAUGGCUAUGAGUACAGUCAUACGGAUUAUCGCUACUGGCGGAAAACCCGUCAGCCUACUAGUAAUCCGGAAUGCGUUGGCACGGAUAUAAACCGAAACUUCGACUAUGAAUGGGGCCACGAUGAGGGAUCCUUUCCAGAUCCCUGCGAGGAUAAUUACCGCGGUGGGAGACCAUUCGACCAACCCGAGACCCAGGUUCUGAGGGAUCUAAUGCUAAAUUACAAAGGACGGCUUAAUUUCUACCUCUCACUUCACUCCUACGGAAACCUACUACUUUUACCCUGGGGUUAUACAAGUGACUUUCCGGAUCACUACCAGGACAUGAUGUCCGUGGCAGAUGCUGGCGCCAAGGCGAUCAUCCACUCCACCAACGGGAUAUAUACCUUCGGCAGCACUUACUACGUGCUGUAUCCGACCUCGGGCGAUUCGGCGGACUUUGCUCUGGGAGUAGUGAACGCCACUGUGGCCAUGAUCAUGGAGCUGCCGGCUGCUGGAUUCCUGGGCUUCGAUCCCUGGGUUUCCCACAUCGAGCGAUUGGUCACGGAGAGCUGGGUGGGCGUGCGGGCCAUGGCCGCGGAGGUGAUAAGGUGCUAUCCGGCCUAAUCGGGCUGUAAAUAAAGAGACAUUAGCGUUGAAUUGCGCCAGCUCUGA